AUGAAAAAAUUAGAGUACACAAUAGAUUAGAAAGAGUAUGAUACAUUAGUCUUAGGUACAGGAAUGACUGAAGCUUUAUUUUCAGCUUCUUUAGCCAAGAUCGAUAGAAAAAAAAUAUUAGUAGUUGAUGCCGAUUAAGGAUACAGCUCUUCUUAAAAAACUUUUAACUUUAAGGAAUUGGUUUAAGAUAUGCAAGAUAAAAUGAAACAUGUUGAGGAAAACAAGUUAAAAAAGGAGUUUUUCACCAACUUAGAAUUGAAUGAAGAAUGGAAUAAGAGAAAUUAAGAGUUUGUAGAAGAAAUAGUGAACAAAACUCAGCAAUACAAAUAUUUUAAUAUAGAUUUAUAACCUAAGCUCUUAUAUUCAAAUAGUUUAGUUGUUGAUUGUAUGAGAUAAGCAAAUAUGGAUUAGUACAUGGAUUUUAGAGCAAUCGAUUCAAUUUACUUUUUUGAGCCUAGUUCUAAGAAAUUCAUUUAAACCCCUUGCUCUAAGAGUGACAUAUUUAAGUCAAAAGAAUUCGGUUUAAUGGAAAAGAAGCAGUUAUUUUAAUUCCUUCACAAGUGCGUGUCUCUUUACAAUAAAUAAUUUUAGAAGUAAGUGAAUUAGAAUUCAAUUGAAGAGUUUGACAAAGAAUUUGAAGUUGAUGAGGAAACUUAUAAGCUCUACAACUAGCUAAAAGAAUAGCCUUGCAUAAAUUUUUUACGUGAAAGAAUUUCAAGCAAAAAAGUUUAAGAUAUUUUCCUUUAUAAUUUGUGCAAUUAUGAAUUUAAUCCAAAUGAGCCUAUACCUGAGUUUUUAAAGUAAGAUUAUACAACAAAAAGCUUCUUACAUAGACUUAAUAAGUAUAUAAAGAGUUGUGGAGUUCACACUGCACUUCCAUAUCUAUAUACAAAUUACGGAACAGGAGAUAUUCCUCAAGGUUUUGCCAGAAUUAGUGCUAUUUUUGGGUCUAUCUACUGCUUAAACAAAGACUUAGAUAUUUAAUAUAUCAAAAAAGACAACGAAACAGGAUUAUUUAAAAUUAAAUCUAAUCUUUAAAGCUAACCUGACGAGAUAGUAUCAGAAAACGCAUAAACUGAUGGUUAUAUCUACCCUAAGAACGAAGAAAAGCCAACAGAAAUACCAUAAGCUGAAAAAUAAGAUUAAGAGGUAUCACUUGAAAAAGCAAUAGAUUAAAAAUAAGAGGAUAACUAAAUUGAAUAAGCAGAUUAAAACACAAAAAUUGCAGAAGAAAAUUAUUUCACUGUUUAAAAUAUAAUAGCUGGUCCAGAGUAUAGAUAAAAAAUAAAGAAGAUUUUAGGGCUAGAAGAAAAAUAGGUCAAAGAGGAUAUUUAUUUGUUAAGAGUUACAAUAAUAUCUAAAAAAUCAGAUGAAUAGGUUAAGUUAGAAAAGGAAAUAUAAGAUUUAGAAGAUGAAGAAAAAACUAAAAGAGAAAUAAGAUAUACAUGCCCUAUUAUGUAUUCAAUCCCUCCUAAUGAUUUACUUGCUUUUAAAUAACCUCUUUCUAUAUUGCAUUUAGAUCAUAAUUCAAUGAGCACCCCAACUACUCAUUAAGUUUUCUAUUGCAAAAAAGUAUUAGAAAAUAAAGACAAUUACAAUAAAGAAGUUGAGCAAAUCAUAUAAUUCGUCGAAAAUAUAGAUUAAUAUAUUAAAGGUUAGCCAUUUAAAUACAAGGCAGAUUAUGUUUGGGCAUAUCUUUAAAAUAGAAAUGACUAAGGAGUUUUUGAGUAAAUAUAAGACGAAGACAAGAAAUUCCAAGUAAGUUUUAUUGGUUAAGAUUAUUUUGAAAUCGAUAUGGACAAGAAUUUUGAAGAAUUCAGAGACACUAUCACAUCUAUUAGUUCUCAGGUUAAUACUUAAGAUGAAAAUUAUUUCUAAACAAUUCAAGAGCUUAAUGGAGAAGUUGAUUUCUAUUAAAACAAAAUUGAAGAAGAGGAGGACUUCAAAGGAAUCGAUAACAUCAUUAAUAAAUUUGAGUAAUUAGUUCAAGGAAAUAAUAAAUAAGAAAGCGAAGUUAAAGAAGGUGAAGUUGAAUAAUAAAAAGAAUAAGUCUAUGCUGAGUAGAAAGAAAUACCUUAAUCCGAAAAUAGUAAAAAUCAAGAAGAAAACAAUGAUUAAUAAAGCGAAUAGGGAUAAAAUAUUGUUUAAUAAUCAUAAAAUGUAGCAGAAAAUGUUCCAUAAGAUGAGCAAUCUAAUUGA